GUCUGCUCGCGAUGUGAUGAAUUCGGCUUACUGAUACCAACGCCGUCGGUUUUCAUUGUUUUUUGUUAUUUUUUCCACAGCUAGCAUGUCGAUUCUUUAAUGUCGUCUACUUAAAUUGUCACAAGCCAUACGUUGUUCUAUCGAGGCCAGGAUUCUUUCUUCCCCUUCGCGUCACCUAACCAACCGACACCAUGUCCUCCCUCACCCCCCUCUCUCAAAUCCCAACCAUCUCUCUCCUCUACAAAAUCAAACGCCUAGCCCCCGUGGCCAAACCCCUCACCACCCCCUCGCAACUCCACAACGACACCAUCGCCCUCAUCCGCACCGACAUCACAAAGCUCCAAGUGGACUGUAUCGUCAACGCAGCCAAUGAAUCCCUCCUGGGCGGCGGCGGCGUCGACGGCGCUAUCCACCGCGCCGCGGGUCCGGAGCUGUUAGAAGAAUGUCGCACCCUCAACGGCUGCAGGACCGGCGAUGCGAAGAUCACGGCUGCCUAUAAGCUCCCCUGCAGGAGAAUCAUCCAUACGGUUGGACCGGUGUAUUAUCGUGAGAAGCGGCCGGAGGCGCUCUUGCGGAGUUGCUAUCGUCGCAGUCUUGAGUUGGCUGUUGAAAAUGGGCUGAAGAGUAUUGCUUUUUCUGCUAUUAGUACCGGUGUUUAUGGAUACCCGAGUCCAGAAGCGGCGAGGACAGUCGUGGAUGAGGUUAGGAAGUUCCUCGAUGAGCCGGGGCAUAUUGGGAAGUUGGAGAGGGUUAUAUUUUGUAACUUUGAGGUGAAGGAUGAGGUUGCUUAUGAGGAGGCCAUUCCAUACCACUUCCCCCCUACACCCCAGGAUCUCCCGCAGUCAAGUACUGCCGACGAGUCCCAGCAAAAACCAUCCGGUGAGUCCCCGCCGUCAUCCGAGAUUCUCGCUGCAAAUCUCCCCGAUCCUCCCGCCACGGACCCCUCUUCAGAAUUGGAUGGACAGUCGGCGGCUAAGAAGCAGAAGACAAAUAACUCAGAUGAUCAUGGCCCUAAUCGCGGCCUUGAGGAAAGCUUCGCGAGUGUCCAUGGCACUGAAGCGAGAAGCGAGGAUGGAUGGGAGGAUGUCGACGGCUCAAUUGAGAGGCUGGAUGAUGAUCCGGUUGAAGUUGACAAGGAGCCUUCGAUUGCUGAUGUGCAAAGUGUACGAUCCAGCAGUGUUGACGAUGUGCAUUCCGUGGACAAUUUGCUUGAGAAGGAUUGGUAGUUAAUACGAUGAUAUCUCAUCUGUUUUGUUUUAAUAGACUAUUCUUGUUGUAGAUGACUCCAACAACACUGAAGGAGUCAGUGGAACGAAGGUUCACUUGAUUGAGGCUGCAUAAAUAUUGAAUUGAAGGCAUUAUUUGAACACCGGAUCUG